AUGACGGAUCAAAACAACAAUGAAACAGAUCUCACUGUUGGCUUCAUCUCCUCUGCUGUAGCUGUCAUCUUAUUUGGCUCCAAUUUUGUUCCAGUUAAAAAAUUUGAUACUGGCGAUGGAAUGUUUCUUCAGUGGAUUCUCUGCACUGCCAUAUGGACUGUUUCCUUAGUGGUCAAUCUGUUACUCCAUUGUCCCAAGUUUUGGCCUCUUGCAAUGCUUGGGGGUUUUAUUUGGGCCACAGGUAACAUCACUGUCGUUCCAAUUGUUAAAACAAUUGGCUUAGGCCUUGGACUUUUAAUCUGGGGAUCAUUUAACUCCCUAACAGGCUGGGCAAGCUCAAGAUUUGGAUGGUUUGGGAUGGAUCCUGAAGAGGUAUCAAGGCCCUUGCUAAAUUACAUCGGAGCUGGACUUUCCGUGAUAAGUGCUGUUAUAUUUUUAUUUAUAAAAAGUGAAGUACCAAGUUUAACAUGUUCCUUGGACACAACACCAUUACUAACUGAACGUGCAAUCAACAGUACUCAGACUAAUGGCCUGGACUAUUCGUGGACCAAAAAGCUUUCUCAAUUCCAAAACAGGCUAAUAGGCUGUGUUCUAGCAGUUGUAUCUGGAAUACUCUAUGGAUGCAGUUUUGUACCAGUAAUUUAUAUCAAGGACCAUGGCAAAAGGAAUGACAGCAUAUACGCAGGGUCUAGUCAAUAUGAUUUGGACUAUGUCUUUGCACACUUCAGUGGUAUCUUUGUUACAAGCACCGUCUACUUCCUGGUCUACUGCAUGAUCAUGAAAAAUAAUCCCAAAAUUUAUCCUCAAGCAAUAUUACCAGGAUUUUUUUCUGGAGUACUUUGGGCAUUAGCUAGUUGCUGCUGGUUCAUAGCAAAUCACUCUUUAAGUGCUGUGAUCAGUUUUCCAAUAAUCACGGCAGGCCCAGGACUUAUAGCUGCAAUGUGGGGUAUCUUUGUAUUUAAGGAAAUAAAGGGUAUUAAAAACUACGUCCUAAUAACACUUGCAUUUUUCAUCAUACUGUCUGGAGCUUUGGCCACUGCUUUUUCUAAAGUUUAAAUGAAUCACCAGCAGAUGGUAGCAGUGGUUAAUCAAACUCCUUUGAUACUGGAAGUGCUAGAGAGAGCUGAUAUUUUCAGAGAAGAAACAAGUUAUUUUUCAUAACGCAAGAAGAAAAAAAACUGCUCUCUCUGCCUGUGAUUAUUAUAAAACUGUUUUAUUUGUUUCAAGAACAUGGGAAGGAAGAAACUUACUUCAUGUGAAACGUAUUUGAACAAAGAAAAGGUCAUCUGGCCCACCAAAUGGAAAGAACGUCUGUAGGGCUUUAAUAUGAAUGUCCAAAAGAUAUUCAAGUUUUUCCUGGAUUAUUUUCAUGAUUUUUAGUCAUUUAUUUUUCCCAGAAAUGGAUUGUCUCCGUGGUAACUCACCAGUGGGGAUCCCUAAUGUGAUACUAUAUAUUGUUUAGCCCCAACUUUAUACAUAAUCAAUGAGUUUAUUGUCCGAAUCACCCAAACUCAGUAGUUUAGAAUAUAUUUUCUUUUUUUUUAAUCAAGUAUUAAUAGAUUAGAGAUAAUAAAUGAUUGGCAAAAAUUACUCAGUGAUAAGUUUUGUAAAUAGAUUCUGAAGAUAUUCAGAUUCUUUCUAGAUAAAGAAAAUAUAGAUAUUAGUAAA